CUCCUCAGAAAGGCACCUUGGUGGCAGCUGAUGCACACUGAUGGUCUGAUUACCCCCGACCUCUCCUGGGCCUGGCCUCGAGCCCUCUGAUCAAGAGCAGCCACGUGGCAGUUUGCUAAUGAGGUGACGCCCUGCACGGGCACCGCAUUGUCAGGUGGAAGAGGAAACCGAGACAGGCAGAGAGAGAGCUUUACGGUCUUUUCUGGCCUACCAGCCAUGGAUAGGAAGCAGCAGCAAGCAGAGGAGGCCAGGCCUUGCGGCCUCCUGAAGCCAAAAGCUUUAGGCAAGAUCCCAGGCAGAUUCCAUGUCCAUCAGGAAGCACUGCCCCAUCUCCCAGUGCCGCCGCUGCAGCAAACGCUGGACCGGUACCUGCUGGCUCUGCAGCCCAUCAUCAGCGAGGAGGAGCUGAACCACACACAGGAGCUGGUGGCUGAGUUCUGCAAACCAGGAGGUGUCGGGGAGAGGCUGCAGAAAGGCCUGGAGAGAAGAGCCAAGAAAACAGAGAACUGGCUCUCAGACUGGUGGCUGAAGACAGCUUACCUGGAGUACCGCCUGCCUGUUGUGGUCCACUCCAGCCCAGCCGUGGUUUUACCCAAGCAAGAUUUUCUGGAUCGACAAGGUCAGCUCAGGUUUGCUGCCAAGCUGAUUGAGGGCAUCUUGGAUUUCAAGUCCAUGAUUGACAAUGAGACCCUUCCAGUGGACUACAUGGGUGGGAAGCCCCUCUGCAUGAACCAGUACUACCAUAUCCUCUCAUCCUGCCGCAUCCCCGGGCCCAAGCGGGACAGCAUCGUCAACUAUGCCAAAGGCAAGAGCCAGUCCAGACACAUCACAGUGGUUCACAACUUCCAGUUCUUUGAGCUGGAUGUUUACCACAGUGAUGGAAGUCCCCUUACCACUGACCAGAUCUUCAUUCAGCUGGAGAAGAUAUGGAACACCUCCCUCCAAACAAACAAAGAACCUGUUGGGAUCCUCACCACCAACCACCGAAACAGCUGGGCAAAAGCCUACAACAACCUUCUGAAAGAUAAGACCAACAAGGAAUCCGUGCGUGCGAUUGAGAAGAGCAUUUGCACCAUCUGCCUGGAUGCACCUAUGCCACGGGUGUCUGACGACACCUACAAGAGCUCCGUGGCCGCUCAGAUGCUGCACGGAGGAGGCAGUCGCUUCAACAGUGGGAACCGAUGGUUCGACAAAACCAUCCAAUUCAUCAUUGCUGAAGAUGGCUCCUGUGGUCUUGUAUAUGAGCAUGCUCCAGCUGAAGGGCCCCCCAUCGUUGCUCUUCUGGAUCACAUUGUGGAAUACACGAAGAAACCCAAGCUGGUAAAAUCACCCACGACUCCUUUGCCAAUGCCCAAAAAGCUGCGGUUCAACAUCACCCCAGAAAUCAAGAAUGACAUAGAGAAGGCAAAGCAGGACCUCAACAUAUUGGUCGAAGACCUGGAUAUCAAAGUCAUGGUGUUUCAUCAAUUUGGGAAAGACUUCCCCAAGUCAGAGAAGAUAAGUCCUGAUGCUUUUAUCCAGUUGGCCUUGCAGCUAGCAUAUUACAGGAUGUAUGGCCAUUCCUGUGCCACCUACGAGAGCGCAUCCCUGCGGAUGUUCCGCCUGGGCCGCACAGACACCAUCCGCUCCGCUUCUGUGGCCUCCCUGAAGUUUGUGCAGUCAAUGGACAGCCCUGACAAAUCGGACCAGGAGAAAGCCAACUUGCUGAGGAGAGCUGUCCAGGCCCACAGGGAGUACACUGAUAUGGCAGUAAGGGGCAAUGCAAUAGACCGCCACCUCUUAGGCUUGAAGCUUCAAGCCAUCGAGGACCUAGUGAGCAUACCUGAACUGUUCAUGGACACAGCAUAUGCUAUUGCAAUGCACUUCAACCUCUCCACCAGCCAGGUCCCAGCAAAGACAGACUGUGUGAUGUGUUUUGGCCCCGUGGUUCCAGAUGGCUAUGGCAUCUGUUACAACCCUAUGGAUGAACAUAUCAACUUUGCAAUUUCUGCAUUCAACAGCUGUGCUGACACAAACGCAGCCCGCAUGGCACAUUACCUUGAGAAAGCACUGCUAGACAUGAGGGUCUUGCUCCAGUCUGCUCCUAGAUCCAAACUGUAAGAGGCAAACAUAAUGCAAAGCCCCCACAUUAAAGGGGCUAUCCCUUAUGCACUGAAUUUCCCAGUUCCUGAUUGAGGGGACAGUUUGCACUGGAACCUAUGAAGGCAUCUACCAUUUAUUUUCAGCAAGAGGUUACAGAAUAGUGAUCCACAGAUAUUAACUCUGUGGGGAGGCAACAUUGUCUGAAGUUGAACUGACUGGUCCUCUCCCAUCAAUGCAAAGUGCACCUUCCUGUCCUCAAAGAGGACUGAAAUAAGAGUUUUAUGGAACUUGCUGUAAAGAAAAGCAGAAAGCACAGUCCUUACCAGCAUCCAGACCCACUGCAUGAGGAAGGCAGUUCUCCAAGAAAAGCAGGGAACGUUUAUUAUAGGAUGGGACUGCUGCAGCAUAAAGUCUUUUUGCUGGUUCAGUCUUCUGAAGAGUGCAACGUCUUUCAGACUUCACUGAAGGUUUUUCUGCUGCUCUAGCACAACUUCCACCAUUGAACUUUGGCAAGGGGAGAAAGAAGCUCUUAAUGUCAGAGCAGAUCCAGCCCCAUUAGAGUGCACUGCACUACUUAUCCUAGGCACUCCAACCAUUACAUGUUUUACAAGCUUGGGAAUGUCCCCUUCCCCUCAGUUUCAGGAUGCUGGGAUGUCCUUUCUGUUGCACUGACCCUAUUUACAACAGAUACCAUUUGCUACAAACU